AUGGCGCAUCAGACUACUGCCUGGAUGGAUAUUUUACCAGCAGUCCUACUUGGUCUUCGCUCAACAAUCAACAGCGAACUUGAGGUGUCUCCAGCUCAACUUACAUUUGGUGCUGAACUCCGUUUACCUGGAGAUUUUAUUGCUGACACACCUGAGCUGAGCAAUGUUCCUGAGUUCGUCAAGAAGCUGCAGUCAGCGUUGAAGAGCGUUGGAAAAGCAUUCAGACGACACGGAGAUACUCCUAUCUUCGUGCCAAAAGCUUUAGACACGUGUACACACGUUUUCUUACGUGUCGAAACCCAACGCGCUUCACUCAUUCCACCAUACACGGGUCCGCAUCGUGUAAUUCGCCGAAAGGAUAAAGCGAUUGAGAUCGAGGUAAAUGGAAGAGCAAUCUUGGUGUCUGUUGACCGUUUAAAACCCGCGUAUUUAGCACCUGCGCCGGACGUUGUCAAAUCAAGGAGUCAGAUGGAGGAUACAGCCAAAUCCGAACCUACUCAGCAUCCUGAAGCUGAGAAAAGUCGUCCUAAACGCAAAGUCCGUUUUAAAGGCGUUUAUACUCGAUGA